AUGGGGCUCUUCGAGUGCAACUGUCCAAACAGUCUCAGUUGCUGCUCGCACUUGUACGCCGCCUGCGUGGCGCUUCCCCAGUAUCGACAUCGUGCUGCCUUUCUGUGGGCCCUGCGGCAGGACCUCGGUGCUGCAGCUGGCAGUGAGGAGAAUCCAAGCAAGCAAAGUUGGUCCAGCCGAGCACCGAGGGGUGGCUUCGAAGGCUGCCGGCGACGGGUGAAGGCUGCGUUGCUUCGGCACCUGCCCCUUGAGGAUGUGGCGGAUGCGGCAGUGGAUGCUGCGGUGGGGAUGUGGGUUCGGGUUGAAUGGCUGCGGCAAGGCCGCGUGCCGAAGCUCGGCGCCUACUGGGCCGAUGCCGUGGAGCGGAGCCUGGGAGAUGCCGCUGCCUCCACCGACAUCGACCUGGGCACGGCAGCACAGGACCGCAUCAGGAAUCUCCUCGGAAAGCUUCGCAUGAAGCCAGCAGAACUGGCCCCCCUGCUCUUGGCCUUGGCACAGGGCCAACUCCCGGAGUCUGAGAGGCUCUCGCAGCGGUGGGAAGGUCUGUGCCGACACUUCUGGGCGCAGGUCGCGGUCGAGGCAGCUGACGGCAAAGAGGGCCCAGGCAAGUCGUCAAGCCGCACUCUCGCCGAAGUCCGCUUGGCUGCCGUUGCUGCAGCAUUGGAGGUCACUCCGGCAAGCACGAGCUGCGCUGCAGAACGACUCUGGUGCAUAGAGGAGACAUUGUUACGACGUUAUGGUGUCAGCUCCUUCUCGCAGCUGCAGGUUCCCAAGGACGCCUCCAAGGACAAGGACAAGGACUGCUACCGAAGCUUCGCCGAGAUGAUCUCCGACUGGACCGAGGCUCCCAAAGACCUUCGAUUUGGAUCCGGGGAUGGAGGCGCUGCCGACGGUGUUGUGGGUGCCAUGGUGGAGCGCGAGGCAUCACAGCUGCUGCAGGAACUGGGGGGACAAGAUGCCCUGCCACAGGAAGAGGCCGAGGACGCCUUGCGGCUUCUUCUCUUCCGUCGCUUCGGAGCUGUGGGUGAGGAAAGAGACUGGGCGGCAGCAGCUGCCAAAGCAGUGGCAGAUGCACCGGAGGAGGCAGCACCAGCUCACCGCGCCUUACGCUGCGCAGCUGCGGCAGCCUUUGGGUCAGCAGUUGCCACAAAGGAGGCAGCAAAGGCGCUGGUGGCCUUAUCCGAAGAGGGCUGGGAGAAGGCAGCUGGGCGGUUGAUCCAGGCAGCUCCGGCGCUGGUGGCUUUGGGGGAGUGGCUUGCUUGGGAGGAGGUCUUUGCAGCCCAGGUCGGCAGCUUGCGAGAAUUCCUGCACCGGGAAGCGCCUGGGCUGGGAAUCUUUGCCUUCGAAGUCGAAAGCGACUUCAUCAAGAUGGAUGCCGCAUCCGGAACUGCGGAGGCUUUCAGCGCUGCAUUGGAAGCGCAAGAUUCCAGAAAAGCAGCAGAGGCCAUGCUCGCUUUGGUGCACAGCUGUGGCGGGCUGCGAUCCGGUCCUUUGCAGGCGCUGCAACCUGGGCUCCGCCAGGCGGCAGCUUCCUUGGGCGAGGCUUAUGCCACGUUGAUGGCGCAGCUGAUGCAGCAGCUUCCAAGGCCCUUUCGAGAAAACACGGAGGUUUUGCGAGCGGUGCUGGAACCGCUUUCGACGGAAGCCGACCUUCAUCGAUUCGCGGAGGCCGCGCCACUCCUGGCAGACCGGGCGGCACUUCUUGGUGCCGUGAAGGCGCCCUUUCUCCUGCGCCGCGCCGCCGAGCGCCUGGCCACGGCCACACGCACCAUGAAGGAGGCUGCGGCGACGUUUACCGGCCGUUCUGCCACCACCACACGCACGCAGCCUUCUACUACAAGGCUGGAAAGCGGUUCGCAGUCGUCCAAGACCCAGGAGGCCGCGAGACCCGCGGCAGCGGCAGCACAGGCCAGCAGCAGCUCAUCCGUUUCUGCGGACGGGGCCGAGGGCUUGGUGGCUGCUAUUCGUCGUGAGGAGUUCGGCUUCGAGGGGGAGGAGAUCCUUGGAAGUGAGCUGCAGGUGAAGCAGAAUGCGCGCCUGGCUCGUGCGCUGAAGCGCUUGGCGGGAGAGCUGUAUGGGAGCGACGUGCACUGGCAGCUCGAGCUCUUGCAGAAUGCCGACGACAACUCCUACCAGAACGGGACGCUGCCAACGGCCGAGUUCCUGCUGCGAGCUUCAGAAGGCGGUGAGGUCAUAUUCCGCUGCAACGAGACCGGAUUUCGCGAAGCAGAUAUCCGAGCGAUCUGCGACAUUGGCAACUCGUCGAAGGUCGGCGUUGCCAAAUACGGCCCCGGCGGUCGCGUCGUUGCCACUGGUGAGAAAGGCCUUGGCUUUAAGGCAGUUUUCGCCCUGACGGACCGCCCACGCCUUUUCUCCGGACCUUACCGCUUGGAGUUUGAUUCACAACAUCCCAGCGGAAUUGGCUACGUGCUGCCCCGGUGGCUGGAAGAUGCCGAGGAAGCUCGCGAGCUGUGCAGGCCCUCCUGGGGCUCCGUGCUUCGAAUGCCUCUGCGGACGGAGCUUCAACCGCGAAAGGAGGAGCUCUUCCGACGCCUUGCCUCCUUGCCGCCCUCGCUUCUUCUGUUCUUGAAGCGACUGCGCCAGGUCUCGGUGGAGUUUCAGGGGAUGUCGGCUUCGGCGGCGUCGGCUCCGAACGAGGAAGGAGCCGACGGCCUACGCGUGCGCUACGCGGAGGACGCAGCCGUCGAAGCACGCUGGGAGGAGAUGACGGGCCCCGUGAAACUUGAGGUGUCUCGAGAUGGAGGCCAGAGUUGGGAAGCAGACCAUUGGCUGCUGCUCCGCCGACGGUUUCAGGUGCCAGAGGGUUUGUCCAAGCCCGGCUUGGCAUCGCCCGGGCCCCCGUCCACGCUCUUGGAGCUGGCGCUGCCAAAAAGCCCGGAAGGUGGCUUCGACCGAAGCCGCGGUGCGCAGCAGGUCUUCGCUUUCCUCCCGGUACGAUCCUACGGCUUGCCCUUCGCGCUACAAGCCGACUGGGCCGUGUCUUCCUCCAGGGAAGAGCUGCUUGCUGGCUGUGCCUGGAAUGAGUUUCUGAAGGCGCAGGUGCCGCAGCUGAUCCUGGAGCUCGUGGCCGCCGUCCGGGCCGAGCCCGUAGACUCGGCCCUCCGCUGGACCUACUACGCUGCGAUUCCUGCAACGGCCACGGCCUCCACGUUCUUCAGGCCCAUGGUGGCCCAGGUCCUGGCGAAGCUCCGAGGCUGCGAGUGCAUGCUCACGGACGAAGAGACCUUCUGCCAGCCUCAGCAGGCGAUGCGAUGCUCAGAAGAGGCUCGCGCAGCGUUUGACGGAUGCUCGCCUCUCCGUGCUGCUCUGCGCGCGCAAGGUUUCCACUUGCUGCAUGAGAAGGUCGAGGCCUCUGCACCCGCCGGCUUGCUGGAUGGCCUCGGCGUCCAACGCCUCGGCGCUGCAGCGCUGCUCCGACUGCUGCCAAAGGCAGAGGCUUUCCCCGGACUGGAUUCAUGGAGACAGAUCCUGGUACUGCUGGAUCAGCUUUUAGACGCAGCACCCCGGAACGAUGCUUCCCGACUGGUGGAGGUGGCCCGACAGCUGCCUUUGCUUCCGCUGCAGGGAGACGGCUCCCUGCAGCCAGCAGCCAGCAAGCUGGUCCUGCCGCCCGUGAAGCCGGAGGUGGAAGGCUUUCCGCCAGAGCUGCUGGCGGAGCUGCGUGCCGUGGAUCCAAGGCUGUUUGCUGAAGGUGGAGCGGAUAGGGCGGAUACUGAUGAAGGAACCUUGGAUGCCCUAGCCGCUGCUCGAAUCAGGAAGUUGCUGCGCAGACUGGGCGUGGUCCCACUGACGCCUCGACUGGUCGUGAAGGACAUCAUCGGGCCUCUCUUUUCAACUUGUGCCGUUGUUCCCUGCGUCGUUCCGGUGGACGAGGCGCCUCGAUCGCCCUCGGCAUUGCUGGCUCUCGGCGGUUUCCUUGCGAAAAACGCAGCAUUGGCGGAAGAACUGGGACCAAGCUCGGCCAUCGGCUGGCCACUCAAAGCUAUGGACAAGGUGGCUGUGGGACAGCGAUUCUUCGCCCCGGCACUGCACUCGCCCCGUGCGGCUGCUUUCCUGGAGGCAGCAAAAGGAGUACUCGACAUUCACCUGCCGGCGGCUCCUACGAAGCUUGGAACGACCACAGCCUUGGGUGAGGCCUUGGAGACCUUGGGCUUGGCUUUGCCAGGUCCCUUGGUCACCGCAGCAGAUGGGGACUUCCGAAGUCCUGAGUUUGAGCAGCUGACAGUGGCCAUCGCAAAGGAAGCUCGUGAAACAGGCAGUCUCGAAAGGGCACGUCUGCUGGCCCAGGCGCUCAAUGUUGCGUGGCAGAGCAGCUAUCUGCGCUACGCUCGUCGUGGUGACGGUGUGGUCUCCAGCUUCAUGCUUGCGCUGCAGUCGUCCUGGUGGCUUCCUCCCGACGACUUGGCCGAAGAGGACGGUGACCAGGCCCCUCUUUGCUGCCCCGCCGAACUGGUCGCCGGCACUGCGGCCGUCCGUGCAGCGCUGCCGGAUGCCGCGCUGCUGAAAGGCCGCCUCUGUUCCGCCGUCUCGGGCGCCUUCGCAGAGGCUCUGGGCGUGGUCACAGAACCAUCGGUGGAGCUGGUGAUGAAGGUUCUACGUGGCUUUGCGACGCACAGCCCGGUCGGGCCCGACAGCGCAACCGCAAUCUACGGGUACCUAGAGCGGGCAGGUGCCGACUUGGCAGAGCUGCAGAGGAUGCCGUCCGUCGUAGUCGCGGCUGGAGAAGCAGCCCGCGUCCCUGCUGAUGUCGUGUGGGAGGAUGCCAACUGCGACCUUCCGGCUUUGCAGCAACUCUACAGCGCACGGUGGCGUCGUUUUUUCGUCAUUGGCCUGGGAGUGCCCGAGCAUCCCACAGCAGAGCAGGUCCUCAGGCGCCUGGACCAGCUGAGCGCCAGCACUGCGCCGAGCGCUGCCCUCUGGCCGCUGCUCCUCCGUGUGGCCAAGGAACUCUCAGAUGCCUCGUCAGCUGACGCAGAAGCUUGGGCAGCUUUGCCAGCGGCACUUGGGACCCGUCGUUGCGUGCCGCUGCAGCUGGGCGGCUUGGGUGCUCCGAAAGAAGGCGUCCUCCUCGAGGACGACGUGGAGGGCGCUGGGGUGCCCGAGGCGGCUCUCGCCACGCUUAGGGCCCAGGCGCCGCUGGCGGCCCCGGCACCCCGAGGAGCCAAAGACGCGGAGCACUGGCCGGUCUUGGCCGAUGCGCUGAAGCUGCAAAGCCUCAGCACGGUGUGCUCCAUCACCUCAAUCUACGGUGGCGAGGAGAGACCGGCUCCUGUGAUUGCAAAAGCUGUUGCCUCGUUGCUGCCGCUUGCACAGCGCUUCCUCAUCCACAAGCACCGAGCCGUCUAUGAUUCUUUCAAUGCGACAUGCCUGACCAGAAAAGUGGAGAAACUGCUUGUCCGUGAAGUUGAUCCACCUUUGAAGCUUCGCUGCAUCUUCUCCGUGGUGCCUGGCCAAGAUCCAAUCCAGGCGGAGGUCGAGAGUGACUGCUACUUGCAGGUCAGGAGUGGGCGUGUGGAAGAGGCAUCCUAUGAAGUGCGACUCCGAAUGGUGUGCGGAGCCACACUCCCUGCCCUGUGUGUGGAGUUGGCACGGCUGCUGCUUCCUUCGGCGAAGCCAGCAAAGCAGGACGAGGUGGCGAGGGUGCGACAGACGCGCGAGGCCUUAGCCACCUUCCUGGCUUCAGCAGCCUUGGCAGGAGAAUCGGGCGCAUCAUCGCUUUGCGAGGCCCUGCAGAUCCCGGCGUUGCCCAGUGAGGACUCACCUGACUAUACGUCACCCUGGCCGAUGCCGAAGGAGGUCGCCGAGCAGCUCGAGCUGGAGCGCCGGCUGCUCGAGGCGGCGCAGGAGACCGAGCCUGAGAGGCUUUUGCCGCCAAGGGACGAUGAGGAUCAGGAGCCACCUGCAGAGCCUCCGAGCAAGAGAGCACGGACGGAGGGGCCCGAGGCCGUGAUGGCGGAGGCUGCGAUCUUGGAAGGUGCCGCAAAGGACCGCUUGGCAGAGAUGGAUCUCGGAAAGGAGGAGCACGAGCCGGGCUCGUCUGCAGCCAGAGACGGGGAGGUGGAUGGUUGUGCUGACCCGGCUUCAGGCACUGCCUUGGAAGAGGUGAGUGAGACCGAAAUGAAAGAUGCAGAGGCGUUGUUGAAGAACAUCAGCGUGAUCGACCAGCAAAUUGGGGAGAACGGCGAAGGAAAGGGCGCUGGCAAAGGCAAGGGCAAGGGCAAGGGCAAGGGCAGCGGCAAGGGAGGUGACAAGCCAGGCCAGGGCGACAAGGAGCGCAGUGCAACGGAGUUGGGGCGCAUCUUGGACCGGCUUCCAGGUAUCUCGAAUGCUCCGGAAGAAGAGUCUUCGGAGGCAAAGAAGGAGAAAGCAUUUAGAACGCGGGUGUACGAUUUGGAAGAUCUUCGUGCCCAGUCGAAGAAGAUGCGUCUUGCGCCAUUGCCGAGCCGGAAUGACUUGCCACAGGAGGAGCGUGAAAAGGUUGGGCGUUGGGGGGAACAGUUCGUCUACGAGUACUUGCAGAAGAAGCUCGAGCAUGAGGACAGCCAAAAGCGCGUGGUCUGGGUCAACGAGGUGGAGGAGACCGGCUUUCAGUACGACCUCCGAAUUGAGGACAGCACCAGCGGAGAUGUAGAGGCCUAUGUAGAGGUGAAAACAUCGCGUGCCAAGGACAAGCAGCUUUUCGAGAUGAGCUACAGGGAAUGGACGUUUGCACAGAAGGAGGGAGGCAAGUUUGUCAUCUUUCGGGUUUCGAACGCCGGCAAGGAAGAUGUCGAGCUCUGCUCAAUUACGAAUCCCUUCCGGCAGUGGAAGGAGCUGAACUUGGGUCUCUGCUUGACUUUCUGA